CAGCGGGCAGAACCUCUCCCACACGUGGUCGGCCCCCAGCACCCCCCUGGACAUCCUGAUCGCGGGAAUGCACAGGAAACCCUCCCUCUCCGCCCGCCCGGGGGCCUCAGUGCCCCAGGGAGAGAACGUGACCCUGCAGUGUCGCUCUGAGGUCCGCUCAGACACCUUCUAUCUGUCCAAGGAGGGGUCGCCCGCUCCUCCCCAGCACCUGCGUCUGCAGGACACGGCUCCGCCCGUCCAGGCCAACUUCACCCUGAGUGCUGUGACCUCGGCCCACGGUGGGACCUACAGGUGCUAUGGCUCACAUAGCACCGCCCCCCACCUGCUGUCGCUGCCCAGUGACCCCCUGGAGCUCCUGGUCUCAGGGCGCCAAGGGAACCAGCCCAACGGAGUGCAGGGCAGAGUGAAUGUGGCCUCUGUCCGUGGUGCUGAUUCCCGGGAGCCUGCGCGUCAAGGGCGCCAAGGGAACCAGCCCCACGGUGUGCAGGGCAGGGCGAAGGGGGCCUCCCCGCCUCUGUCCGUGGUGCUGAUCCCCGGGAGCCUGCGCGUCAAGGGCGCCAAGGGAACCAGCCCCACGGAGUGGCGCCAAGGGAACCAGCCCCACGGAGUGCAGGGCAGAGUGAAUGUGGCCUCUGUCCGUGGUGCUGAUUCCCGGGAGCCUGAGGGUCAAGGGCGCCAAGGGAACCAGCCCCACAGCAUGCAGGGCAGAGUGAAGGUGGCUUCUCCGCCUCUGUCCGUGGUUCUGAUCCCCGGGAGCAUGCGCGUCAAGGGCGCCAAGGGAACCAGCCCCACGCCUGAGGGUCAAGGGCGCCAAGGGAACCAGCCCCACGGUGUGCAGGGCAGGGUGAAGGGGGCCUCCCCGCCUGUGUCCGUGGUGCUGAUCCCCGGGAGCCUGAGAGUCAAGGGUGCCAAACCUCUGUCCGUGGUGCUGAUCCCCGGGAGCCUGAGCGUCAGUGUCACCAAGGGAACCAGCCCCACAGUGUGCAGGGCAGCAGACGGAGUCUUCCGGGACUGGCCUGGGAGGCAAGCUGACUGGGGGCCCCUGAAGCCACCCCGCACCCCAGAGUGCAUGGUCGCAGACUCUGCCCCUGCUCAGAGCUUCGCUCAGGAUGGGCCGUGGGGGCUCCGCAACCUCCCGCAGGGGGACGACGCGGCUGACAGCGAGGGACCACGUGAUGGCAAGACCGGAGGAGCCUGCGCCCAAGGACCCCGGGGCCCCGAGGAGGCAGGAAGCCCCCGGGGGCUUGUUCCCAGGAAGGUGGGCUGGACGGUGAUGGGGUGCAGGCUGGUGAGUCUGUCCCCAGGGCCCAGCUCCCUCCUCUCGUGGGGACAAGGGCCACCCCGAGGCCCUGAGGAGGGGGAGGGCAGCUCAGGGCUCAUAGAGGGGGAGUCUGGGAGGUCUGGGCUGAGAGCCAGGGCCUGGGGGCAGACCCCUGGUGAGCCCGCCUCUGAUUUCCUUCCAGGGGCUCCCCCCAAACCCACCAUCUGGGCUGAGCCGGGCUCUGUGGUCCCCUGGGGGAGCCCCGUGACCAUCUGGUGUCAGGGGCCCCUAGGGGCCCAGGAGUUCCAUCUGGAUAAAGAGGGAAGCUCAGUCCCCUGGGACAGACAGAAACCCCUGGAGCCCGGGGACAAGGCCAAGUUCUCCAUCUCACUGAUGACUGAUCAGUAUGCAGGGCGCUAUCAGUGCUACUAUCUCAGGGGAACUCUCUGGUCAGAGCACAGUGAGCCCCUGGAGCUGGUGGUGACAGGACCCUCCAGCAAACCAAGCCUCUCAGCCCUGCCGAGCCCUGUGGUGACCUCGGGAGGGAAUGUGACCCUGCAGUGUGGCUCCCGUCAGGAAUUUAACAGGUUCCUUCUGACCAAGGAAGGAGAAAAUGAGUCCUCUCGGACACUGGAUGGACAGCGGAGCCCCGAUGGGCAGACCCAGGCCCUGUUCCCCGUGGGCCUCGUGAGCCCCGGACAUGGGUGGACAUUCAGAUGCUACGGCUUUAACAGGGUCACCCCCCAGGUGUGGUCGGCCCCCAGCGACCCCCUGGAGCUCCUGGUCUCAGGGCUGUCUGGGAAGCCAUCCCUCCUGACCCCGCAGGGCCCUGUCGUCACCUCUGGACAGAACCUGACCCUUCAGUGUCGCUCUGACAUGGGCUACGCCAGAUUCGCUCUGGCCAAGGAGGGGGGCCGGGACCUCCCCCAGCGCCCUGCCCGGAGGGCCCAGGGGGGCCUCUCUCAGGCCGACUUCCCCCUGGGCCCAGUGGGCACCGUCCACGGGGGCCGGUACAGAUGCUACGGUGGACACAGCCUCUCCUCCGAGUGGUCGGCCCCCAGCGACCCCCUGGAGCUCCUGGUGGCAGGAUGGCUCAGAGACAGACCCUCCCUCUCGGCGUGGCCGGGCCCCUCGGUGGCCCCGGGGGAGAACGUGACCCUGCUGUGUCAGUCAGGAGACUGGACGGGCACCUUCCUUCUGUCCCAGGAGGGGGCAGCCCAUCGCCCCCUGCGUCUGCGCUCAACAUACCAAGGCGGGCGGUUCCAGGCCGAGUUCUCCUUGAGUCCUGUGAGCUCGGCCCAAGGGGGCACCUACAGGUGCUAUCGCGCACUCAGCACAGAGCCCUACCUGCUGUCACAGCCCAGCGAGCCCCUGGCGCUCCUGGUCUCAGACUACGUGGUGCAGAAUCUCAUCCGGAUGGGCCUCGCAGCCUCAGUCCUGCUGCUCCUCGGGGUCCUGCUCUGCCAGGCUCGGCACCACCGCAGAGGAGCCCGAGAUGCAGCCCGGAGCUGA